UAAAACAUUUAUAUUAUUCUACAAAUCCAUAGUCAAUUUAUCAAUACAUGUAUUAAAUUCUGGAAAGGAAAUGCAUGAAAGGACCACAUUUCUGGAGUUUUUUAAAAAGCUGUUACAUGAUUUUGUUUGGAAGCAUUUGCAACAACGUACCAGUGUUUAAGUGUAUAAGUAUCCAACUUCAUGCGACAGAACAAUAAAACAUAUAUUGGGCAAAUAUUGGCUAGAAAAAGUCUUCAGUAAUGGCAACAUCAGGCUCAUGUUUGGGAAUUGACCUUGGCACAACCUCAGUUAAAGUUUCUCUGAUAGACAUCCAGUCAAAGUUGCCAGUUUUUUCCACAUCUGAGCCAACAAAUGCUGAUAUUGAUAAUGAACCUCGGAAAUCAGAGCAAGAUGUGUCGAAAAUUAUGCAUGCUGUUUGUAUAUGCUUGACAAGAAUUACUGAUAAAAAUAGAGCUUGUGUAAAAUGUAUAUGCGUUUCUGGUCAAAUGCAUGGGAUAUUGUUAUGGAAUAGUGAUUUACAAAUGAGUCUAGAAGAUGAAAAAUUGGAAGUACGUAACACAAGCAACCUAUUUACAUGGCAGGAUCAUAGGGCCUCGAGUGAGUACAUUGCAGCUUUACCGAAACCAGACUCCCAUCAGAACAAAGCCACUGGUUUUGGCUGUGUUACCUUGUUUUGGAUGGCACAGUUUCAGCCGGAAGUGCUGGUACAUUACAAUACAGCCGGAGGUAUCAUGGAUUACUUGGUAGUGUUGCUGUGUGGGCUUGAUAAACCUGUAAUGAGUGAUCAGAUAGCCUCCAGCUGGGGAUAUUUCUCAUCUCAAACAAACACAUGGAAUUUUCAAAUAUUGAGAGAGGCCAAUUUUCCCGUGCAUGUACUUCCUGUUGUUGAAAGGUCAGGGUCGCAAGCAGGAACACUAUGUACAGAGUGGUUUGGUAUACCAAAGGGUACACCAGUAUUGGCAGGUCUCGGAGAUCUUCAGUGCUCGUUUGUCUCCGGAUCUGAGGGAGAGACAGAUGCUGUGAUAAACAUGUCCACGUCCAGUCAAGUCUGUUAUCCGGUGCUGAGUUCUGAGUUUAUUCCUCGGCGAUGCGAGACACCUUCCCCCAUCAGUUUCUUCCCUUUCUUUAACCAGAAGUUUUUAGCGGUGGCUGCAAGCCUUAAUGGUGGGAAUACUUUAUCAGCAUUUGUGAAGAUGUUACAGAAUUGGUUUGGAUCAUUUGGUGUAGCACUGGACAAACAAGAUAUCUGGCAGAAGCUGACGGACCUGUCCACAGCUAAAACUCCUGAUGGUGUAAAUGGACUUUCUACAGCUACAGUCUCUGAUACAGGCGUGAAAGGACUGGUUAUCCAGCCACUGCUUUUUGGUGAGAGACAUGAUCCAACAUUGACUGGUUCUGUAUCUGGUGCUCAUGAAGAUAACCUAUCUCUAGGCUGUGUCUUCCAAGCUAUGUGUGAAGGUCUGGUGAACAAUCUUCACCAAAUGAUGCCAGUCUCCAUGUUAAUAGAGAGCGGAAUAACCUCACUUGUUCUUACUGGUUCUGUGAUUGAUAGACAACCGUAUGUGAAAGAUUAUGUGAAGAAGUUGUACGCACCACUUACGGUUAAAGAACAAUCAGGGAUAGAUGCCUCAGUAGGGGCAGGAAGGAUUGCAUGCAAAUUUUUAGAAACUUUGUCUACACACUAAUUGAUUUAUUCUUAAAUCUUCAUACUGCUGGUGGUGUCGCUGAAUUUAACUGAAUUUUUGGUUGCAUCGCUGCAAGAAUAAUCCAGACAAACAAAUGAAAUUCAUUAUUUUAUCUUGAAAAUAUGAAAAUCACAUAUUCAUUUUCACAUGAAAUAUAGCAGUGAUUUGGCCAAAAUUAUGAAAUAUUAUGCCAAAGAAAUCAAAAUGAGUUCAUAGAAUUAGGGCAUUAAGCCAGUUUAUAAACUGCUGAACCCUGGCAAUAUGAUGUGUUUUUGCAGGUCGCAAAAGGUGCUAAAAAUUCAAAUGCAAAAAACUUUUACAGUUAUAUAAAAGAAUAUUUUUAUUACAGUAUAUUUGUGCUUUUUAUUACAGUAUAUGUGUGUAAUGAAAGCUUGUGCUAUUAUUAUUGUUUUCCAUGCAGUUCCAGGAAAUGAAAUAUACUGCUAUCAAUUA